AAUUUGAAUGCACACCUCCCGCUCCUGUUGUCGCUCUCGAUUCCGAAGCCCUCGCUGCGCUCAUCCGCAAACCCAUCGAUCGCGUCCUCCGAUGGCGGCCAAGGAAGAAUGGAGCAUCUCCGAUUUCGAAAUCGGGAAAUUCAUCGGCGAAGGAAAGUUCGGCAAAGUCUACCUCGCGAGAGAGAAACAGAGUGGAUACGUCGUGGCACUGAAGGUGAUCUUCAAGGCGAAGCUGGAGAAGUACCGAUCCCACGCCCAUCUCCGGCGGGAGAUCGAGAUCCAGCACGGCUUGAACCACCCGAACGUGCUCCGCCUCUUCGCCUGGUUCCACGACGAGACCCGCGUCUUCUUGGUCUUGGAGUAUGCGGCGCGGGGCGAGCUCUACAAGCUCCUCAAGAGCCUCCACCACUUCUCCGAGAAGCGGGCCGCCACGUAUGUAUCGAGCCUUGCGGGAGCGCUGGCGUAUUGCCACGAGAAGCAUGUGAUCCACAGGGACAUCAAGCCGGAGAACCUGUUGCUGGAUAUUGAGGGUCGACUAAAAAUUGCAGAUUUUGGGUGGGCGGUGCAGUCGAAUGCAAAGAGGCACACCAUGUGUGGUACCAUCGACUAUCUUGCCCCAGAAAUGGUAGAGAAGAAGGAACAUGACCAUGCGGUUGACAAUUGGACUCUGGGCAUUCUCUGCUAUGAGUUCCUGUAUGGGGUCCCACCGUUUGAAGCCGAAGACGAGUACGGUACAUUCAGGAGGAUAAUGAAAGUUGACUUGAAGUUUCCUUCCAGUCCUGCUGUUUCUGUUGAAGCCAAGGAUCUUAUCUGCAAACUUCUGGUGAAGGAUUCAUCCAAGAGGCUGUCUCUUCAAAAGAUCCUGAAGCACCCUUGGAUCGUCACGCAUGCAGAUCCAUCUGGCAGUUGCUGCGACUGAGGUGAGGUGGUCGUAUUCCAAACGGCAUGGAUAUACAUCAACAAUCGUAGAAUUCAUCAGCACCGACAGAUGGUCUUGGAGGAUACUUACGUAUCAUGUUUGGAUUGAUGUAAUUGACGACAUCUGUGAACCAGAAGAUGUGAUCCAUAUGCUUACAUCUGUUUGGAUGAAGUGCUUACAUCUCUGUUUCUGAACCAGAAGAUGUGAUCCAUAUCACCAGCAAAUCUUAAUAAUCGGUUGGUCAAAAAGUAUGUAUCUCAACACUCUUUCAGGAUUAUGCAGCUGGAUGUGUAUGUAUCACCAACAAACAAACAGCUGCCCCUUUGGGACUAAUCACAUUGUGUGCUUUCCUGUGUUCUCUGCUCAAAUGUGAUGUGGACUAAUUCCUUGCAAUCUAAUUGUCUUAAUGCCAAACCUCAGCCAAUUAAUCUGAUUGUCUUAA